UCUUUGAUUCUUUAAAUUCAACAAGAACCAAACCACACAUCAGUCCUUAGUCUUCUGUUUCCAACUUUGCAAGCUCACUAAAAACAUAAUUUUAGUCUGACCCAACGCCCAAAAUCUUGUAUUCAACCCAUGGCUUCUGUGACUGCUGAUUUCGCUCUCAUGUCAUCAGGGUUAGAUUUCAAAAGAAGGGUAUUUAAAUCGCCAAUUUUGCCUAUUAGAGUCGGCUUUAGGACAAAACUGAAUGGUUUAGUGGCUAAGGCUGUGUUGCAAGAAGAGUUAAAAGAUAUUGAGAAGAUAGAAGUUUUGGGAUUUGAUGUUGUGAAAGAGAGAGAAUUGAGGGACAAUGGGUUUUUGGGUAUGAGAAAGACUAAACUCGUGUGCACGGUGGGGCCAGCGUGUUGUUCUUUUGAAGAAUUGGAGAAAAUGGCUUUGGGAGGGAUGAAUGUAGCUAGGCUUAAUAUGUGUCAUAAUACUAGAAAGUGGCAUCAAGAUGUUAUCAGGAAGAUUAAGAAGUUGAAUCAGGAAAAAGGGUUUUGUGUUUCUGUGAUGAUCGAUACCGAAGGCAGUCAAAUGCACGUUGUUGACCAUGGAGGUUCUUCUUCUGUCAAAGCAGAGGAAGGAUCCAUUUGGUUCUUUACCACUGAAAAGUUUGAGGGUUCUCGUCCGUACACGGUGCAAGCAAGCUAUGAAGGCUUCAGUGAAGGAGUCAAAGUGGGUGAUGAGCUUGUUGUCGAUGGGGGAAUGGCUACUUUUGAAGUCAUUGAAAUGGUUGGAAAUGACUUACAUUGCAAGUGUACAGACCCCGGUUUACUUUUACCUCGAGCUAAACUGAGUUUCUGGAGAAAUGGGAAACUUGUUGAAAAACAUCAUGAGCUCCCAACUUUAUCUGCAAAGGAUUGGUCUGAUAUCGAGUUUGGAAUUUCAGAAGGGGUUGAUUUUGUUGCUGUUUCAUUUGUAAAAGACGCUGCUGCUAUCAAUCAUUUAAAGGAUCACUUAUUCACCAAAAAUAAAUUUGUGAAGGUUUUGGCAAAGAUUGAGAGCUUAGAAUCACUAAAGAAACUUGAAGAAAUUAUAGAAGCAUCAGAUGGAAUCAUGGUUGCACGGGGUGACCUUGGAGUCGAAAUACCACUAGAACAAGUCCCAAAUAUUCAGGAAGAAAUAAUCGAUCUUUGCAGGGAACUAAACAAGCCAGUUAUCAUAGCUUCACAGCUUCUUGAGUCAAUGAUUGAAUAUCCUACCCCAACUCGAGCCGAGGUUGCUGAUAUUUCUGAGGCAGUUAGACAGUGUGCUGAUGCUUUGAUGCUAUCUGGUGAAUCAGCUAUGGGAUCAUAUGGUCACAAGGCUAUAUCUGUUCUAAGAACGACUAGCUCCCGAAUGGAGCUAUGGAACCGUGAGAUGAACCAACAAAUACUUCUUCCUCAACUUGGAGAUUCAUUGCCAGAACAAAUUGCCGAACAGAUUUGCAACUGUGCAGGCCAAAUGGCAAACAAACUUGCAGUUGAUGCUAUUUUUGUGUACACGGUGCAUGGGCAAAUGGCGUCACUCUUGUCUCGUAACCGGCCAAACCCUCCAAUAUUUGCAUUUACAAAUGAAAACAGCACACGAAUGGCAUUGAAUUUGCAAUGGGGUGUUGUACCAAUUGCAUUUGACUUAUCAGAUAACGUAGAUGUUAAUAUUUCUAAAACUACUGGUCUAAUGAAAGCAAAAGGGAUGAUGCAAAAAGGAGAUGCUAUUCUAGUUGUUUCGGAUGGGAUUCCGACUCCAGCCGUUCAUCAAUCACUUAAAGUUAUAAUCGUUGAAUGAAGGUAGCCGUUUUUUCGAGCUCAUACUGGAAUUUAGUUUCUUGAUUAGUCUGCCUGGUGAAUUUAUCUGAACAAAUAUAAUUAUGUUUUUGUACUUAGUACAUGUACCUUUUUUGUGAUGAUAUAUUAGGCUGGUUAAUGGGUAUGCUAAGUAUAAAACUGGAA